CCGUCUAUCAUAAGAAGUUGUUUACAUACGGGCAUUUUCAACCGUUACCCCAGUAACAAAAUGGCGGCAUAAAUAAUUUUUAAAAACUGUUCCUGUAUUUUGAAAGAAAACUUUGGCAGUGUAAUAACAACGACUUAACAAAAAUGUCCGGAACAAGUGUUGUACCCUACCAGACAAAGCGCAGACCAGAAAUGAAACCAGCAAUAGACACUUACAAUGAGAUCAUUCCUCCUUUAGAUUAUUCUUUUUGUGGUGUAGAGCAGAUAGCAGAUAUGAAUGACGAGGAACCUCGGCCUCCAAUAUCUCCACGAGGCAAAGGCAAACAGCGUGUGCAACAGGAGGGAAGCAAGUCGGAUGGAAGAUGUCUGAAAUUUAACAACAAUAGUAUCACAAAUCUUGAAUGUCUUAUAGAUUUUGCUCAGCUUAAGUUCACUGACUGGACUGAAAUUGCAUGGAUUGAUCUUUCACACAAUGAACUUACUAAAAUAGGACCAGUAAGUAUAACCAUUCUAGGUGGAAGUUUUAGAAUGAACAAGUGACCGAGUAUUGCAGUG